AUGUCAUGGUACAACUUCUUUGCCAUUCCGCGUAAACUAACUGAAGAAGUCGACCUGGCAUCUCCCUUGGCAUCUUAUAUUGAUUCUGUUUAUAACACGAAUGACGGUCACAAAUUCGAAAUCAUUAGUGCAGCUAAAGAGCUGAGUAAACUUAGAUCUAGAGCUGUUGUGCAACCUCUGGAUCAUCAACAGUCAGGAAUCGACGUCGUUACAAGAUACUAUGAUCAGCUUGUUGCAAUUGAGAAUAAGAUCGUCAUUUCUCCAACUCAAAAUCCCAUAAUAUUCAAAUGGAAAGACGCUUUCUGUAAGAGAAGGUUCAUAUGCAAAAAACCGGCAACUCAUUAUAUUUCAAGUCUCGCCCUUGAACGAGCUUUUGUGCUCUUCAAUUGUGGAUGCCUUUACUCUCAAAUCGGUGCUGAUCAGCCUAUGAAUACAGAGGAGGAAAUAAGAACUGCAGCAAUUAUGUUCCAAAAAGCGGCUGGAGUGUUUUCUCAUCUUCGAUCGCUGGUUCUCAGUUCAAUACAGAAAGACUGUGAUCCAGAUCUUUCUCCCGGAACUCUUCGUUCUCUAGUUCCUCUACUCAUUGCCCAAGCUCAAGAAUGUUAUUACAUUAACGCAUCGAAAGUUAGCCAGAACCAGGGAGAGUUGGCUGAGAUUGCUGCGUGUGUCAGUUAUAUGUACUGGGAAGCUCUUGAAGUCAUGACAAACGAAACUGUUCGAGGCAUAUGGAAAAGGAAAUGGAUAUCAACCGUCAAGGGCAAAUCCAUCGCUUAUCAAGCACUAAUGAACUACCAUCAAGGAGCUUUAGAUAGAGAAGAAACUAGAAUAGGAUCUCAAAUAUCUCGGUUGAAAAAAGCUUCCGUAUUGAUGAUGGAAGUUUCAACACGGUAUGACUCAUCUGAAUACCUUGAAGCUGCUAUGAGAAACGUGUAUAACGCCUUAGAAAGCGCUCGGAAAGCAAACCAGCUCAUUUUCGACGAAGAAAUUCCUGAUUUUGAAACUUUACCAGCUGUUUCUCCAACUGUUCUCGCCAAUGCCUGGUCUCUGCCCAAACCGUUAUCUUCAUUAUUCACCGACAUGUUCGCCAAUCUCGUUACUGUUCAAGUCUUGAAAACUUUGCCAGCGUAUCAGAAACAUAAAAAAGAUUUCGUUAAAAGAGAAUUAAAUAAUUUAACGAACCAGACACAGCUUCUCGACGAAACUCUCAAAUCGCUUAAUCUACCUGCCGCAUUGGAUGAUGUCAUAAAAUCAGAAGCUCUCCUGAGAACAAUAAAACAAAAAUCACAUAUGAUGAAACAGUUGGGGCGCCAUUCAGAACUGUUGCGCUUGAUCAAAGAGUUUUACCCAUUGUUCAAAUUUAACGAGCAAAUCUUAGAUGAAGCCAACAAAGUUCUUACUAAAGAACAAGAAACCGAUGAGAGCCUGUGUAAACAGUUCGGAAUGAAAUGGUCAGGAAUGAAGACUGAUCAGCUCAGCAAUAGUUUGACACAGGAAAUCAAGGAACAUAGAAAUAUAAUAAACUCAUUCUUCAUAACCGAAAAAAUGGUUCGUAAUAUGUUCCCUGACAACAGUGCUGACAUGAAGUUGCUCGGUAACCAGAAUGAGUUGAACUCAUGCAUUCCUGAUCAUCAAUCAGAGUUCAGUCGAGGCACUUCUGAAACUAUUCAGAAGCUGAAAGGCUUGAUGAACCAUGUACAGGGCAUCAGGACAGCUCGUCAAACCAUUGUGGAGGAGUUGAAAUCAAAUGGCCAUGGCAUCGCCAACGAUUUUUUGAAAGCUUUAUCAGAAACUCAGUUACUGAAUGAAGAGAGCAUUUCUGAGAAGCAGGUCGAUCAGAUGUUGAGCCCACUGAAAGAAAAGAUCAAUGCCUCUAUCAAAGACCAAGAAAAUGUUCUUGAAGAAAUCCAGAAAUGGAAUAGAGUCUUCAUCGGUGAGAUACCUCGCUAUCCUGAUGAUGCAGAGAUGGAGCAAUUUCUUCAGCAGAUGAACGAAGGAUAUGAUGUGUUCCAAGAGUUGAAAUCCACCUUGGAAGACAAUGCCAAGAUAUGUAAAGAGCUCACUCCUGUUCUUGUCCGCCUUGAACAGAGAGUGUGCGAGUAUGUGACAACUCGACAGACAGAGAAGUUGAACCUCAUGAGUAAAUUACAACAGAGUAUUUUACCUGGAAACACUCCCUUUGCGAUUCCACCAAAGCCAAGUCAUGCCGUACCUCAAGGCCCUAUGGCGCUACCGCGAACAUUCACACUUCCAGAACCACCUCCACCUUAUGAGAAUCUGAUGGAUUUCACUACUGUCUUUACACCUGAUCUUCCUGGUAAUGAAGCCAACCCAAUCCAAUGGACUCCUCCUAAUCCUCCUCCAAGAGGAAACAGUGUGAAUGAACUGAUAUCGAAAUGGUACCAGCAGCUAGAACGUAUACAAGAAGAAUAG